AUGCAGCAUCAUUCGACCCAGCCUUACCAAGGACAGGCACAGUCGCGUCAACUUCAACGGUCACCAAACACCAGUAACUCACAUUCGAACUCUCAGGGCUUUGCAGUGCAGAGCGGGUAUCCGCAAAACCAGAGUCUUCAAUCGCCAUACCUGGGCAAUCCGAGUCAAUUCACGCAGCAACAGUCUCAACAAGCAACGCAAGAUCAUCCUUACUACACCUCCAAUCCCAGUCCUAGAAGCUCGAACGGCACGACAUAUUAUCCUACUGAAAAGCAGGAACAAAUGGCAGCCGCUGCGACCAUGCAACGGCCUCCUUAUCCGCCUAUGUAUCAUACGCCUCAAUCUAAUUCACCAGCUUCUGUCACAUCUCCCCAGGCGCACGAACACGGGCGGCCUAUGUUUUCGCAGCAAACUAGUCAAAUGACGCCCUCUAUCUAUCCAUACGCAUACUCACCUUUGAAUCAGAUGCAGACACCAUAUGGCUCACAACAUGCGUCUUCAAUGACCCCAAACCAAAUGAUUCCAGGGUCGUACAACCAGUCACAACUGCCACAUUCACAAGUACCAUCUCACACUCCAAAUUUGAACACGAGCCCCAGAAUCAAGUCGGACCCAAGUCAGUCAUUUUCGCAAACUCCUCAACAGCGACCGAGUCUACUCACACAGCAUCCCACUCCAGGCGCAACUCCAGGGACCGCAAAUGUCACACCUUCGCAAGGUGCUGGUGCUAGUGCAGGCUCGAAUGCUGCGCCGGGGCCUAUUCCUGCAACUACACCACUGGUUGUACGACAGGAUAACAAUGGAGUGCAAUGGAUUGCGUUUGAAUAUUCGCGCGAUCGGGUAAAGAUGGAAUACACCAUCCGCUGCGACGUUGAAUCUGUGGACACAAACUCGUUAGCGACUGAGUUCAAAUCCGACAAUUGUGUCUAUCCCAGAGCUUGUGUUCCACGAGAUCAGUACAAGGGAAAUCGCUUGACGUAUGAGUCAGAUUGUAAUCAAGUCGGGUGGGCUCUUGCCGAGCUUAAUCCGUGUCUUCGCGGAAAGCGAGGAUUGAUUCAACGAGCUGUGGACAGCUGGAGGAAUAGCAAUCAAGAUCCUCGUCUGAGAAGCAGACGGGUACGAAGACAGGCAAAGAUAAACAAUAAACCUAAGGCCAGCAGCGCAGGAUUGACGCAGCCAACUGGUGCUGUUCCAACAGGGCUUCCUGGUCCGUCUUCGAUGCCUGUUCCUGGUGUACGAGGGCCCAAUUCACUCUCGUCAGCUGGCUCGCAGGUUCACCAUCACCAUGGACAGCACGAUAUCACUUCUCCCACAGUGCAAGAUCCGUCAUCGGCUUCAAGCUACUCCAAUCCUCAAUCGAUGCAUCGACCCGCCUCAACGAACCAACACUUGUCGAGCCCGAACGAUAUGAGGCAUGCACAGACGUUCCCUGGCUACCAACCAUAUCCACAAGGGCCUUCUGCAUUAACACCUUCCAUGGCUCCCCCCAUGCCAGGUAGCAUCCACCAGUAUGCUAGACCUCCUGGAAAUACAGUAAUGGUAUCUUCCGAGAGAAGGAAAAGGGAGGACGACGAUACUGAACUUUUUGGAGAUUUACCUGAAGGCAAGAAAAGGAAGUUCAUCCUUGUUGACGACACGCAAAAGAGCGCACGAGUGCGAGUCAAAGUCACCUUGGACACCGUAAAUGUUCAAGAUAUUCCUGACUCCUACCGACGACAGAAUUCUGUCUAUCCGCGAUCGUACUAUCCAAUACAGAUGCAAGCUGAACCUGCUGCUGGCCGUUUUGCAGCGGAAGAUGCUGAAUCUGAAGGUGCGCCUACUGUUGGAAAAAUGACUGUUCCUUGCACGACGACUGGAGGCGAGUCUCAAGUCGAGGUAUCGCAGCUUACCAGGAGUAAGCGAGAACGAGAAGGCAAGAUCAACGAACUUGGUUAUCGCAUGGCUUGGGGCCAAGGACGUGUCUUCUCCAAUCGCCCAAUAUUUCUCGCGAGAGCCCUUGAUGCCUAUCGGACGAAGCAACGCUCAGCACUUGUUGGUGCUGGUCAAGACACUUCAACUAUACCUUCUCACCUAGAGGUCCGGCCUGGAAAGCGCCGCUGGUUCGAACGCACCCGGCCUGGCUCAAAUCCGUCCUCUCCACAACCAAAACUUGUCGAGGAAGCUCCUUGA